AUGGCAUCCGCGAAUGCCAUCUCCACCGCCUCCCUCAUCUCGCCCCUCUCGCAGGGCAGGGCGACGAGGGCCAGGUAUGGCCGGUCACAGCGGUUCGUGGUGCGUGCGGAAGCCAAAGACAUCGCCUUUGACCAAAAAUCCAGGGCAGCGUUGCAGGCCGGCGUCGAGAAGCUCGCAAACGCCGUCGGUGUCACCCUCGGGCCACGAGGGAGGAAUGUGGUGCUUGAUGAGUAUGGCAGCCCCAAAGUUGUGAAUGAUGGAGUCACUAUUGCCCGGGCUAUUGAGCUGUAUGAUCCAAUGGAAAAUGCUGGUGCAGCAUUGAUUCGUGAGGUUGCUAGCAAGACCAAUGAUUCUGCUGGUGAUGGCACUACAACUGCUUCCGUCCUUGCUCGUGAAAUCAUCAAGCUUGGCCUUCUAAGUGUAACGUCUGGUGCAAAUCCUGUGUCACUUAAGAAGGGAAUAGACAAAACUGUGCAGGGUCUAAUUCAGGAGCUUGAGAAUAAGGCUAGACCAGUCAAGGGUGGUGGUGAUAUCAAAGCCGUUGCAUCUAUCUCUGCUGGCAAUGAUGAAUUUAUCGGAUCCAUGAUUGCUGAAGCAAUUGACAAAGUGGGGCCUGAUGGUGUUCUAUCAAUUGAAUCCUCCUCUUCUUUUGAGACUACCGUUGAAGUUGAAGAAGGAAUGGAGAUUGACCGCGGUUAUAUUUCCCCACAAUUUGUGACAAACCUCGAGAAAUCUAUUGUGGAGUUUGAGAAUGCUAAGGUUCUUAUUACUGAUCAGAAGAUCACAAGCAUAAAGGAAAUUCUUCCGAUUUUGGAGAAGACCACACAGCUGAGAGCCCCUUUGUUCAUUAUUGCUGAGGACAUUACUGGUGAAGCUUUGGCAACUCUUGUUGUUAACAAGCUUCGAGGAAUUCUCAAUGUUGCAGCGAUUAAGGCUCCAAGCUUUGGUGAGCGGCGGAAGGCUGUACUUCAGGACAUUGCCAUUGUCACAGGUGCUGAGUUCCUAGCAAAAGAUCUUGGUUUGUUGGUUGAAAAUGCUACAGAGGAACAACUUGGUACAGCAAGGAAAGUCACGAUACAUCAGACUACAACAACCCUCAUAGCAGAUGCAGCCACUAAAGAUGAGAUCCAAGCGAGGGUUGCACAGCUAAAGAAGGAGCUUGCUGAGACUGAUUCAGUUUAUGAUACUGAGAAAUUGGCUGAGAGAAUUGCUAAGCUUGCUGGUGGUGUUGCUGUUAUCAAGGUUGGAGCUGCAACUGAGACUGAGCUUGAGGACCGCCAGCUAAGAAUUGAGGAUGCAAAAAAUGCCACUUUUGCAGCUAUAGAGGAGGGCAUUGUUCCUGGAGGUGGAACGGCAUACGUGCACCUAUCUACCAUUGUCCCUUCGAUCAAAGAAAAAAUUGAGGACCCUGAUGAGCGCCUUGGUGCUGAUAUUAUUCAAAAGGCACUGGUAGCACCUGCUUCAUUGAUCGCACACAAUGCUGGAGUAGAGGGCGAAGUGGUUGUUGAGAAGAUCAAGGACAGUGUGUGGGAGGUGGGCUACAAUGCAAUGACAGACAAGUACGAGAACCUGAUUGAGGCCGGUGUGAUCGACCCUGCUAAGGUGACUAGGUGUGCACUCCAGAAUGCGGCCUCAGUAGCUGGAAUGGUCCUAACCACACAGGCAAUUGUUGUUGAGAAGCCAAAGCCGAAGCCUCAAGCGGCAGAGGCAGCAGAGGGAAGCCUUGCCUUGUAA